ACUUGGCUGCUUUUCUAUUCCUUCAUAUUUUUGCAAAGGCUACGUUUUACUUCCGAUCUUGUUUCCUGCAUUUGCUUAUUUUUCUGCUUAGCAAGAUGCUUUAUUGACAUAAAUCAUUUUUAGAUUUCUCUUCUAGUAGACCCAGGGGAGAACAGAGAUCUGAUCCAGUCCCAUAUAGUAAACAGAAUAUCUGUUUCUAUUGAAAGCAGGUGCUUUGGCUGAGAUCCCAAUCCUAAACCGACCAGAUGAAGUCUUGGCUUGUGCCCUGCAUUUUGAUUGCAUGGCUAUUCCCUGCCUCAGUAGAUCAUUGUCUUGAUCCUCCUCCAGUCAACUUUAGCAUUCUUAUAGCAACAUCUACAGAAGAAAGGUCUCUGGUGACUUACAAUUGUAUCAAGGGCUACCACCUGGAAGGGAAGAAAGAGCUUUUCUGCAAUAAAACUUCCUUGGUGUGGGACUCCCCAACACCCGUCUGUCUCUUGGGUCACUGUCCUAACCCCAUGUUGGUUAAUGGUCAACUGAAUUCCUCAAAGCUGGAGCCUGUUUCUGAGGAGGAAGUGGUCACCUUUAAAUGUGAUGUUGGCUACAUCCUGAAGGGCAGUAAUUGGAGCCAGUGCCAGAAGGACCACACCUGGUCACCUCCCCUUCCCAUGUGUAUAACAGGACAAUGCGAAUCCCCCAAAAGGCCGAAGCAUGGCCAUUUUAAAGCAAGAGACUUCAAUUCAGGGUCAAACAUUACCUUCCGCUGUGAUGUCGGGUACCAAUUAAUAGGAGCCCAGAGCCUGCAGUGCAUGGAUGGAGAGUGGAGUGAUGAGAUCCCCAUUUGUGAAGAGAUCUUGGAAUCCAUGGUGGAAACCGAGAAGGAGCCAGAAAGGAACAUUUGUGAAACUGUACAAAAAUUGAUGCAGUGUCAAAAAGAAAGACGGAAUACAUUAGAAGAACUGAAAUACUCCCUGGAAAUCAAGAAACUCCAGCUAGAAAAAAAGAAAGCUGUCAUGGGCACAGAAAUAAAGGAAGGAAGCUUUUGAAUAAACUUUCUUUUUGAUUCUGAAAUUCAUUUACAAUUUA